CUUCAAAAUACCAACAAGACGACUUCUACCAACGAUCUCCUGUAUUUACUCUCUCGCCCAGCUAUAUACUUCUUCCUUCGACAUUGAGAAGGUUGACGAGUCUCAUUCCUACUCCAGCGACGAGUUCAAGCUUCAUAUUCCUGCUCCAUAUCGAAGAUAAUGUUUGGUCAAUAGCACGUUGCCACAUCAUCACGCCUGCCAUUCCCUGGCAACUAGAAAAAGCCAAUACUUCCUUCGCGCAACUACUAUACACGAGUCGCUCCUGCUUCACUUGCUGUUUGAAUCAAGCAACGAAACGUAUAACACAGAGAGCCUGGCAGUCGCACUGCCUUGAAUCUUGUUUACCAGCACAGCAAUCUAAUCUGCAUCAUGCCUUCUACCGUGCGCUCCCAUUAUGGGCAGAUCAUUGAGUAUAUACCAGACCGUUUAUACCUAGCAUCCUACACAUCUACCCCAGGACCCGACACUUACUUCCCAUAUCACGACAAACAACCUUCGAGGCGAUCCCCGUCAAAGCGCUCAUGCAGGGCUAUUGAUGGCCCGGAACCAGUAGCAAAGGACCAGAACCCACCAUGCUACUUCUCUGUUGACGAUACCCUGCUUUACAAUGCUUUCCACCACGACUUUGGACCAUUGCACAUCGGACACCUGUACCGCUUCGCCGUCCAAUUCCAUGAUAUCCUUGGAGCGCCCGAGAACAAGGCGAGGCCUGUGGUUUUCUACAGCAAAGCUGAUCCCCGCAGCCGCGCAAAUGCCGCUUGCCUCCUCGCAUGCUACAUGGUGUUGAUCCAGUCAUGGGCUCCUCAUCUUGCUCUUGCGCCGAUCGCUCAAGCCGAUCCACCUAUGAUGCCUUUCCGCGACGCUGGCUACAGCCAGGCUGAUUACGGCAUCACCGUUCAAGAUGUUGUUUACGGCGUGUGGAGAGCGAAGGAGGAGGGAUUCUGCGCCUUACCACAGUUUGAUCUCGAGGAAUAUGAGAGGUACGAGCGUGUGGACCAAGGUGACUUCAACUGGCUCACUCCCGACUUCCUUGCCUUUGCUUCUCCCCAACAUACACCUGUGGCGCCAAUCGCCAAGUCAUCACCUUUGUAUGCUACCCUUCCCUCGACAUUGGACGAGGUGGACGCCCACCCUACACUCCCCCAGCCAUUCAAGAAUGUGCUCACACAUUUCGCCGAGCGCCAGAUUGGCCUUGUCGUCAGGUUAAACUCGGAGUUGUACUCUCCCUCAUAUUUCACAGCUCUGGGUAUCGAGCACCUCGACAUGAUAUUCGAUGACGGCACUUGCCCACCGUUGACAACUGUUCGCAAAUUCAUCACCCUGGCCCACGAGACCAUCACUGUCAAGAAGAAGGGCAUUGCAGUCCACUGCAAGGCCGGACUUGGACGUACUGGAUGCCUCAUUGGCGCAUACCUCAUCUACAGGUACGGCUUCAGUGCCAACGAGAUUAUUGCAUUUAUGCGCUUCAUGCGCCCCGGGAUGGUGGUCGGGCCCCAGCAGCAUUGGCUUCACUUGAACCAAGGCACUUUCCGCAAGUGGUGGGAGCGAGAGCAGUUCGAGAUCGAUAUGCGCGCUCAGAUCGAGUCGGAGAUCAAGGCCAAGUUGGCCGCCGCACCAAGCACCCCCACAAAGGCCACCCAAAAAUUCCGCCUCAACAGCGCACAAGUUGCCACCCCUCCCAACGGCAUCCAAAACAGACGCGCUCCUCUCGGCGAAGUCGACAACGAGCGCAACAGCCUCGGAGUCCAAGAAGACUGCCUCCCUGCUCCCACACCAGGCCAGCCACGAAAGGGCAGCCGCAGCGGUCACGACAGCCACCACCCCUACGGCCGCAACACGGGCAGCUACGGCAGCUCCGAGGAAGCCAACGACGUCAAGCGCGAGACGGAGAUGAUCUCGAUCCACCGCCAAUCCGUGCACGGCGAAUCCGAAGACGAGGAGUGGAACGUGCGCGUCCGCACCACGUGCAAGUCGUCGCGCUCGCCCGCUCGCAGCGAGGCACGCUCCGUCAGCCAGACUACCACGACUAUAUACUCCGCCAUCGACAACGAUAGCAGCAACGAUAUUGAGAAUAUUGGCAGCGGCUGCCCCAAGACGCCCGGAAGCAUGAAGUCGGGAAGCGGAUCCCAGACCAUCGGCAUGAAGGUUCGCGGGAGCCCGAAGCGCGCUGACUCGCUCAUGCGCGACAAGGCGCCCGCGGGUGUCCGCAAGGCCAGCAGUCGCGUCGGGAGCGUCAGUUUGACUGCUGCUACGCGCAAGGCGUCUGGCAUCUAAGCCGUCUGUCCGGUUGUUAGGGAGGCAUCAUCUGCUCCCUGGAGUUUUUGUUCCGCAUAGAAAGUCGACGGAUUUGCACUGCAUUGUUGUCUGUGUAUACGAAUUCCUGUACGUCGUUUCGUGAGCCGGUAGUUUGCAUAAGAGAAGGGCGUUUCAUAGGCAUGGGCAUAAGUCAUCGUCUCCAUAGCUAGGCGGGGGCGCCUAGUUUUUAUUGCGUUUGGGCGCAGCAUAGUGUGGUUUGGUUGUUUUGUUUUCAGCUUUUGGAGUUUGGGAACUGGGCCGGCGUUUUGAUGUUAUGGGGGUUGUGUUGUUUGGGUUUUAAGAAACCAUUAUUGGUGUUUGGGUUUGGUUUGGACUAUUACUGGAGGAUGAAUGAUGAUGAGGUUGAUGAUAGAGAUUACUAACCGAGAAGACAUCAAUGAAAGCACAAAUUCAUGAA